AUGCUGCGACUCUUGGGACAAAAAGACACCUUUGCCCAGCUGGUGCAGGCUGCAGCGUGGCCCCAGGCGGUGCAGUUGCUCUCGGAGAGUGGAAGCCAUGCGAACAUCAUCACCUUCAAUGCGACAGCAACGGCUUGUGCCCGGGGACGACAGUGGAAGGUGAGCUUAGACCUCGUCCAGGAAAUGCUUCGCCGGGGAAUUGAGCCCAGCCCGUCGACCUGGGGGGCGCAGGCAGCCGCCUGUGAGCGAGGUCGGUUCAUGAACGUCACUCGUGUUCUGAAGCUUAGCACUCCGAGCCUCAUGGGGAACUGUGGUGUCGGCUCCUGCAUUGCCGACGAAGGAGAGCUCACCGAAGAAGUAUCGGUGGAAUGCGUGGAGCUCGUGGAUGUUGCCGAUGGCGUGCCGCAAGCGCAAAGUCGCGAGUGGCGCCCCAGUCAUCCAGCAUCCUCUCUCCUUGAUGUGGAGUUCGGCGACCCGCGCGAUGCGCUCAUGGAGCUCGAAGACGUGGACGUGGUUGCUGACGAGGGCAGCAGGCCCAAUUGUGCUUUCGCACAACAGCUGCAUCGGAGAACAAGCGCAAAGGUUCCAGUGCAAUCCUUGAACGCACUAUUUCCGCAACUUCCAUUAAUGCUGGCCAAGCAUUUGGCCAUGCCAGACUUUUUGCCGCUCCGGGCGGCGUGCACACAGCAGCGUGAGGGCUUGCCAUCCACGGCUUUGGUGGAGCGCCUGGUGAACUUCAUCGAACCGUCCAAGGCAGAUGUGUUCCUGGCCUUUGCGAAUCUGCUCAUGGCAAAAAGACGCGGAGAGUCCGAGGAGGACUUCUGGAAACAUGGCACCUUUCCACCACAUAUUCGGGAAGGUCAGGCAAGCUUGAGGACCUUCUUGACGGGGCUCGACUUUUGGCACACAGUUGUGCCUGGAGCCGUCUCGCAAGUGGCGCAGAACAUGAGGGAGUUCUGCUUUGACCCUCGCAAGGAAGUGGCAGACAGUGCGCAGAUGGUGAUGGUGGUAGCUGCGCGGCAGUGCUUCUCCGAAGGAGAGAGCGAAUAUGUCCGACAUCUUUUUGUGGAGGACAUGAUCGCCAUCCUCUUGCGAGCCGAUGACAAGAUACGACUUCAAGCCUGCGUUGCAUUUGCUAGCUGCGGGCCCAAACUGCUGGGCACUCACAACCCGGCCGUUACAGACGCACUAAUCCACCUUUGUUGCACCAGCACAAGAAGUGACUGCUGUCAAAGCAUGUGCCUCAAGGCUCUAAAAGUUUUCUUAGAUUAUGACCGGGCUCUCUGCUCUUUGGUUGAGCCUAGAUUGGACGAGCUGGAAAAAUUGAGGAGCUUGGGGCCACACGAGGAGAUGGCCGUCGCGGACAUCAAAAUACUCUGCACAAUGGAGGCCUACUGCGAAAGCCUCCGACACCAGUGGCUUGCCGCAGAAGACCUGGCACGAAACAUGCUGACGAUGUGUCGCGGAGGCUUGGCGUUCUGCUGCCAGCCUCCAGACUCCAGAUGA